AUGUAUGAUCUGUUCACACCAUUGGGUUUCGUCCGUCUUUUCGGUGUGGUGGGCGGAGUGCUCGUGAAGCCGCAGUUCCUGAGAGAUCUAAACGAAGAAUACUACGUGUACUCAUUUGAAGAAGACACGAUAAGACGUAGAAUUAACAAUGCGGUAACCACAGGAGUGGGCUACAUAUCACCUGAGCCGAUGUACCCUGAUCGCGGAGACAUAUCCGCUCCCGUUACUCCUGAAGUAUCGAAGGAUGGGCAUUCAGUUAACAAGGAGACGCCACUACUUAGACUUAGUAAUGGUGCGUUACAAGCUGGUCUCAAUCAAAGGCUGAAACAGGUCGUCGCUAUGAGAAAGCAAGUAGAGAGUCAGCGUAAGACGUCAUCGUUCCAGCGUAACGUAGUGUAUCCUCUGGCUAUGCUGCUGCUGCUGGCUUUAACAACCAUCACUGUACUCAUGGUGCUGCAGAAUACACUCGAGCUGCUCAUCGGCAUUAAAGCACUGCCGCUUAGUACUCGGCAAUUCACUCUUGGCAUCGCGUCCCUAUCCAAGCUUGGUUGGGCGGGCGCGUCGUUAGAAGCCGGUUUGAUCCUAUACCUCCACGCAGCUUCGCUCACCGGUUUAGGCACGCCGCUACGUGCACUGCGCGUGCUGCCUCGAGCACGACGCACGCCGCUCGCACGAAUCAUCGCGCUAUGUACCGUGCUACUCGCGCACUCCACGGCUCAGCCACUACUGGUUAAGAUACUCGGUAUAACGAAUUUCGAUCUGCUAGGAGAGUUCGGUCGUAUAGAGUGGCUCGGUAAUUUCAAACUGGUGCUUCUAUACAACGCUAUAUUCGCUGCCACUGUGACUUUAUGUCUGGUCAGCAAGUUCACAGCGAGCGUCAGAAGAGAACUAUAUAACAGAUUUAAAUGGGUGGCCAGUAUGUUCAGUGUGCCAGAAGAAGUGCCGAGUGGGAAUAUUACGAAAACAAAUAAACGAGUAAGCAUGGAACGCUCGUUCAACGUUGAAAAGACUGAAUCACUAGAUGCAUCACAUUUGAAAACAGAGUAG